AUGCAACGUUGGCUUAAUAGGGUAGCUGUGGUCACUGGAGCCAGUUCGGGUAUAGGUGCUGCUGUAAUCAAGGAUCUGGUGAAGAAUGGAGUACGGGUAGUUGGCCUGGCAAGGCGUUAUGAGCGAGUCGAGGAUAUAAAGAAGAACUUGGCGCCAGAUGUGCGUAACAAUUUGACGGCCAUAAAAUGUGAUGUUUGCAGUACGAAAUCGGUUAAUAAAGCCUUUGAUCAAAUCAUUGAUGAAUUGGGAGGAGUGGACAUCUUGGUAAAUAAUGCCGGACUCUAUCAACCAGGUCAGCUGUCAACUAUGGAUAUAAUAAGUGCUCAAAAAGUCUUACAAACCAAUGUCAUGGGUGUGGUCAAUUGUACGCAGAGAGCAUUCAAGUCUAUGAAAGAACGCAAUGCGGAUGGCCAUGUAAUAUUGGUGAACAGUUUGACCGGUCAUUAUAUUCCUGGCUUCAAUGGUGUAGAAGCUCCAAAUCUAAAUAUGUAUGCCCCAUCCAAGUUUGCCUUAAGGGCAAUGAGAGAUAUUUAUAGGCAAGAGUUUAUAGGACUUGGUACUAAGAUAAAAAUAACUAGUGUCAGUCCUGGUUUGGUAGAUACGGAAAUGGUGCCUGACUUUGUAAAGGCGAAUGUCGGUCCUGCAAUACUCAAGCCUGAAGACAUUUCAUCCAGUAUAAUGUAUGCCAUUGCUACACCACCACAUGUUCAAGUACAUGAAAUGAUAGUACGACCUGUGGGCGAGGUACUUUAA